AUGGGGACAGGGCGGCUGCGGAUGAUAGCGCCUCUCAGACGAAGGCCUCGAGCCCGGUGGAGCCUCAGUACUCGGGCGGGGGUGCGAGGCCGCGCCGAGGCGUGGUGGUCCUGGGCUCGCCCUUCUCUUCCGACCUCGUCACCAGCCUCAGCUUCUGCGCCAUCGUCGUGUUCGUCUCCCCUCCAGCCAGUCUCCGCUUCUCAGUCCUCCACGUGUCUGUCUCCGUUGCCGGGGGGGCUGCCGUCUCCUGUGUCUUUUGCUGUCCCCCCGUACUCGCCUCCUUCCUCUGGCCUCAACUGUCUUUUGGCAGUCGCUCCUUGGGCUGCGACUGUGAGGCCCUCGAGUCUGUCUGCCGCGUCGCGUUCGUUUUCGUCUGCGUGGGCGUCUCCCUGCCCCCCAGGAGAGGUCUCUUUUCCUUCAGCCGCCACGUCGUGUGCGGCCGCUGCGUUGCCGACCCCAGGAUCGGCCGCCGCUGGCGGUUUGUUGGCUCCCUCCCGGCGUUUGUCGCUCGCUCUAGUCUCUCUGCGCAAGCCGCAUCAUGCGGGGCUCCGCCGGCUGUCCAGCGCGGCAAGGCGCGGCGAGGGCGCGGCUUCGCCGUUUGCCCCAGAAGACGAGGCGCGCGCGCCGAGGCAGUCGUGCUUCACAGUUCUGCCGCGCCCGCCCGACCCCGACAUGCCUCAAGCGCCCAAGCGCGCGGGCGUUACACCAUUGGCUCGCGGAGCCGACGCGGACGCGGACGGGCGCGCAUCUGUCCCGUCGGCUUCCGCUUCGUCUCCAGUCUCUGUUUUGCGGUCGCCCACGCAGGCGGAUCUGUCGGGCGCGGGGAAAUGCCCCACUGCGGCCUUCAAGCCUGCGGCCUCUCGCGACUCCUUUCCGCUUCCUCCCGCCGGAUGGUCGCAGACGCCCCGCCCGUCCUCCGGCGCGGGCGCUUUGGAGAGUGCGUACCCCAAUUUCGCUGCGCUGGACGUUCACCCGGUGCUGGUUGAGCGGCUGAGGCAGCUGCAGAUUCACGCCCCGACGGCGACGCAGAUCAGCGCGUUUCUGCUCAUCGACAAGGGCCGGGACUGCGUGAUCGUGGACCGAACCGGCACCGGCAAAACGCUCGCCUUCCUCCUCCCUUUCCUCAACAAAAUCUACAAACUCCACGACAUUCUGCUUCUCGCCCAGCUUGAGCCGAGCCCCGCUCCCGGCGCGGCCAUCCACUGCGGCGUCGGCGCAGGGGACCAGCCGACCAGCGCGACCGCCGGCGACGCGAGCGGAGACAGCCCGAGCCCGUUGGGCGCGAGGCCCCCUGAACACGCGGCUUCUUCUUCGCCUCCGAGCGCGAAGAAGUCAGUCGGGCGCAUGCUCCAGGAGCAGCUGAUGCGCCGCCAGGAGGAGGCUCUCGCUCGGCACGCUGCCCUCAGCCCGACGCCAACCGUCUGGGAAAAGCGAGCCGAGCUCUCGUCCGACGACGACAGUGCGGCGUCGGCGCUGGAGGACGCGUUGAGCGCCGCGGGCCUGCAGGCGGACGUGCUGAACCCGCUUGGGGCCCUGAGGCCCGCCGUCCUCCUGCUGCCCACGCACGACAUGGUCGCUGACGCGCUGCACAUGCUUCGGCGGCUCGACGUCCUCGGCCGCCUGCAGAUUCAGUGCCUCAGCGGCGUCGAGCGCAACGUGCGAGAGCGGCUCGGCGCUGAGGCCGAGGCAGCGGAGGCUCAGGCGGUCCGCGAGCUGCGGAGGCACUUCGGGGGCGCAGGGGCCCAGGCCCCGCCUGCGGCCGCAUCGCGUGGCAAGGCCCUGGACGUGGAUGACGCGCAGCCGGCGGAGCGCCUUGAGGCCGCCGCAGAGAGAGAGAGGGAUCUAGGGAGAGCAGGGGAGUCGCGAGGCUGGGAAGGCGCGCGUCGCCGGCGAGCCGAAGAGGCGAUGGAGAGCCGAGACGCUAAGAGAGACGCGGCGGACGAAGAUAUGCGGGUGUGGCACGGUCAGGUCCUCCGGCGGCCGCGGCUCACGGCGGACGGGGCGCUGCUCACCGAGACGCGGCCGUUCACUGAGAAAAGAGUGAAAAACAUCCACGAAAUUCGUCUCCGCGGAAGCGAGCGCGCAGGGCUGCAGGAAGUGUGGCGAAGUGAAGCCCUGCAGGUGGACGGCGCUCAGACGCAGCAAGACGAAGGGGAAGAGCCGCUCAGGGCCUCCGUCCGUCUCGUUGAGAGCAGGGAGCAAACCGGCGCGAGCGCACUGGAAACUGGGAAAGAUCUCGAAGACAACAACCCCGCCUUUCAGGUCUGCAGCCUUCCCGUGCUCCACAAACCGAGGAUCAGAUGGGGGGCCGUCGACCUGGUGAUCACCACUCCGCACCUGUUCCUGGAGGACCUCGAGCGGUUUCGCGGCGAGAAUCUCCAGCCGUCGCUGCUGAUCCUCGAUGAAGUCGACGACCUCUUACAUGCGCGCGGCUCGCGCACGCUGCUGAUGGACAUUCUCGGCUACUGCAGGCCGCGUGUCCCCGUCCCGGUGCCGCACACCGCCAAGCCCCCGCUUCCGGAGUUCGAACCGUGUCAGGUCGUCUUCUCCGGCGCAACGCUCGCCUCCCUGGGGCCCUGCAGUCCCGGAGUGAUGCUCAUCGAGCGCUUCGGCAGCGCCUCGGAGGUCUCGCCCCUCGCGCGGCACCAGCUGCGCGACGAGGUGAAGCAGCUGUGGAUUCGCUUGAACGCGGAGCGGCUCGAAGAGCUCCAGGCGCUCGCGCGGCCGCCGUGGCGCUCGGCGCGUGCAGAAGAGGAAGAAGAGGAGGACGACGCGGCAGGCGACGGCGAGGCGGAGGGGCGAAGCCUGGCGACGGUGCUGGGUGAGAAGCGCCACAUGCAGCACGAGCUGGCGAGUGCGCCGGACGCCGGGGGGCGCCCCGCCGGCGAGGGUGGGCGCCGGCGCCGCGUUAAGGGAGGGCUGAUAACUGGGACCGAGCUCGCGGAGCAGACCAAGACGGACUUCAUUCUGCUCGGAGGCAACUUGCCGGUCUUCUUGCGUAGACGCCACCAGAAGCAGAGGGCCGAGGCGCAGGCGCUGGAGACUUCGACGCUCGUCGCAGAGUCGGGAGCCAACACGAACUCCAAGCGAAAGCUGCGCAUGCAGGUCUCGUGGGACCAUCGGGUGGACAUCUUGCUGGGGCUCUUGGCCGCGUUCCCUGUGGAUCGAACCGUCGUUUUUGUGAACUCAGUCGACCGCUGCAUCCGCCUCUUUGACUUCUUCCGGGACCGCGGCUGGCCAGUCGUCAGCUUCCACCGAAAAAUGUCCAUGAAGCACCGCACGCGCGCCCUCGCGCGGCUGAUGUUGCCGCCGCCCGACGCCGCAGAGGAGGCCGACGACGAGGGCGAAGACGACGAGGCCCGAGGCGGCAGAUGCGCACAGGAACUGAGCCCCGCCUCGCUCAUGAUCGCCACAGACUUGGCCUGCCGCGGGCUCGACCUGCAAGGCGUGCAACACGUCAUCAACUUCGACUUCCCUAGCGACGCUCUCGCGUACAUCCACCGCGCCGGCCGAACCUGCCGUCGCCCGUCAAGGUCGCGCAGCGUCAGCGCGGACGAUAACCCGUUCUGCUUGGUGAGCAACUUGAUCAGCGACGACGACUUCCCGCUCGCCUCCUCGCUGUAUUUCCUUCAGCAGGAGAAGCAGAGUCUGGAGAAGACCUUCAGCCGAAAGGCCUCCUUCAAGGCGCGUUACAAUCGGCACAGAGAGGCUGAGAAAAGGCGGAAGAAAGAGGCUGAGCGCGAGGAGGCACUCGCGGUGGAGGGCGCCCGCGAAGAGAGCGACUCGGACGACGGCCAAAGCUCGGCUGGUUGCGCGGACGUCGACCAGCUGUGGAAGCAAAUGUAUCGGCUCUCUCUGCGAGGAAAUGCGUCAAGAGCUCGUGGAGAGGCCGGGAAGCACACGAGCGCGCGCCUUACGUCGCGGUCAGCAGGGCGAGGCGAGGCUGCCGGCGAAGGAAGCGCAUCAGGUGAGGCUUCAGGGGCACGGAGCCGAGACAGAGGUAGACGCUUGGGCCGCCUGAAGACGCUCGACGAAGGCGGAGACGAGGCAGAACUGAGCGCGCGAGUGGAGGCGCUGCAGCGGAACUAUCGGCUAGUGAGUCGGCUGUUGGGAGGCGCCGUGUGGAGUGAGGACGGCAAGGUGGCGUGCAUCGAGGCUCCGCGGUCGUUUUUCGAUCUAGAAGAUGAAAACGCGGACGAGGCAGGCCGAAAGGGCACGCGAUUCAGUGCCUCACAUGGCCGCGAGCCGGAUCGUUUUUUGGGCUCGAGACUCGCCACCCGCGGGCGCCGCACAGGACCUGUGGGAGGGUCUCUCCACACCGACGCCUCGGAUGGCGAAGCGGCAGGCGAAGGCGCCGAGGCCCCGCACGGGGUGCGAGGCGGUCGCUGGCAAGCAGAGUCUCAAGCGAGUCCAGUCCCUGAGGAGAUUGACCCGCCCGCGCGAAGCGACGGGCGCAGCACGGGCAGCUGCGGCCGCGCGCUGCAAAUGCGCGCGAAGCUCUUCGCUGAUGACUCGGAUGAAGAAGAAGCGUCUGCAGGGCUGCGGGGCGAGGGACUUGGCGCUGGCGCCGGGGCUGCAGAGCGGAGCCUGCAAAGGGGUGUGCCCCGCCACGCACCACCCCCUACGGGGCGGACGGAGCCUUGGACAGAGGAGGACUACGACCGGUUUGUGGUUAGGAGGUUUCAACCUGUGCAGGGAACGCGAGGCCGCGCUGGGCGAGGCGUCGACUCUCGGCUUGCGCCGAUGGCGCACCUUCAGCGGAAAGCCGCGGAAAUGCGCACGAAGAUGCUCAUGAACAACUUUGGAGCCUCUGACGAGUCCUUUGAUGAAGACCUUAAGGUCUAA